ACAAAAAAAUCCCAUCACAGAAAUAGUUAGAUUGACAGUUACUAUACACUCUGUACGAGAAGGUAAAAAAGAAAGAAGUCCCCAUCACAGAAACAAUGAUCAAUAAUGGUAUCUUGGUGCUGCGGUCAUUAUUGAAUAUGCCGGGGGUAUGGUGUCAGUGUUGGAGAAGAUUUUGAUCUUUAAAUACUUAAUUUAGGUACUUGUAUAUAUUCAUUCAUUUUCAGUGUUGGAAGGAAAAUAGAAGCCAAAAAAUGGAAAAGAAAGUAGUAGCAGAAGAAGGUCAAGAGGAAGAGCAUGCCCUUCAAAUCCCUCUUCUCACUCCAUACAAACGGGGGAACUUCCAACUUUCACAUAGAAUCGUUUUGGCACCAUUGACUAGGCAGAGAUCUUUCGGAAAUGUUCCUCAGCCACAUGCUAUUUUGUAUUACUCUCAGAGAACCACCAAAGGAGGCCUUCUCAUAUCAGAGGCCACUGUAGUUUCUGACACAGGCCGAGGGGUCCCAGAUACACCUGGUAUAUGGACAAAGGAGCAAGUAGAAGCCUGGAAACCCAUAGUAGAUGCUGUGCAUGACAAAGGCGGUAUCUUCUUUUGCCAAAUUUGGCAUGUGGGGAGGGUUUCAAAUCAAGAUUUUCAGCCAAAUGGGCAAGCUCCUAUAUCUAGUACUGACAAGCCGUUGGUUGCUCAAUUUCAUAUCAGUGGCAUUGAUGUUGCACGAUAUUCACCUCCACGACGCCUGAGUGCAGAUGAAAUUUCUCAAGUUGUCAAUGAUUUUAAACUUGCGGCAAGGAAUGCUAUGGAAGCUGGUUUUGAUGGAGUUGAGAUCCAUGGGGCUCAUGGUUACCUAAUAGACCAGUUUAUGAAAGACCAAGUCAAUGAUCGUACAGACAAGUAUGGAGGCUCUGUAGAGAACCAUUGCAGAUUCGCUCUAGAAAUAGUUGAAGCUAUAAGUAAUGAGAUAGGAGCAGAUAGAGUGGGAAUAAGGCUCUCUCCCUUCUCAAAUUACUUAGAAUCAGGAGACUCAAACCCAGAGGCUCUAGGCCAUUAUAUAGUUGAAUCAUUGAGUAAAUAUGGUAUUCUCUACUGUCACAUGCUUGAGCCUAGGAUGAAAACUGCAGAAGAAAAAAGUGAAUGUCUCCAUAGUCUUCUGCCCAUGAGAAAGGCUUUCAAUGGUACCUUUAUCGUCGCGGGGGGUUAUGAGAGAGAAGAUGGUAACAACAUUGUGGCUGAGAACCGCACAGAUCUUGUGGCUUAUGGCCGUUUAUUCUUGGCCAAUCCGGAUUUGCCAGAGAGAUUCAAGCUUGAUGCUCCUCUCAACAACUACAACAGAGACACAUUCUAUAUACAAGAUCCUGUUAUUGGCUACACUGAUUAUCCAUUUCUUGAACAACUUCUUAAAUUAUCUAUGGAGGAGAAUGUGAACUCAAAAAAUCUGUUUAUGUUUUGUUUGUCUUAUGCAUCUCAAAUCGACUGUUCAACUUUUCGUUCUUUCUGGUGCUUCUUUUGUGCUGAAAGAGUGCAAUAAGAAACAAAAGUUGUAAACAAAUUUCAAUUACUCUUAUUCUCAGUAAUUGAGUUGGUUAAAUUUCACAUUUUUCAGUCA